AUGGACCUGCAUGAGCUCCUAGUGGCCUUGGUGGCAGCCUGUGGUGGGGCUGAGAUGCGUCGGUUGCAUGAGGUGAAUGCAUUCCAUGCACAGGCCAAGAGGAAGACCUGUGAGGGGGUCAAGGAGAUGAUCAGCAGCAACCUGCUCUCUGACCACAAGCAAAAUCAAAGUUCUGGAGCCCUUGGCAGCGGCGGCAUGUUCUAUGCGGUGCGGAGAGGUAGGAGAAUAGGAGUGUAUGGCACCUGGGAGGAAUGUAACGAACAAGUUCAUAGAUAUCAGUAUGCCAGCUUUAAGAAGUUUGCAUCAAAGAAAGAAGCUUGGGCUUUUAUAAAUGAAGAGUCAGCAGAAUCAUCCAUUUCUUCAACAGGCUUUGGUGAAAAGCAGAACAAUUAUAGCUAUUACAGUAACAACACUACAUCUGAGUCAUAUAACGCAAGAUCAUACAAAAGACAAUACGAAGAGCUUUCAGAGAACAAAUAUACAAAUAAGCAUGUAAAAUACACAGAUGUUCCUUAUACUCCUCCGGCAAAUAAGAAUGAAUUCUUAUACAAAGGCUUUGGUGAAAAGCAGAACAAUUAUAGCUAUUACAGUAACAAGGCUACAUCUGAGUCAUAUAAUGCAAGAUCACACAAAAGACGAUACGGAGAGCUUUCAGGGAACAAAUGUACAAAUAAGCGUGUAAAAUACACAGAUGUUCCUUAUACUCCUCCGGCAAAUAAGAAUUAAUUCUUAUACAUGGGAGAUUAUGUAACUGUUUAUACGGAUGGAUGUUGUUCAAGUAAUGGACGCGAGGCAGCACGUGCUGGAACAGGUGUAUAUUGGGGACCUGAUCACCCUCUAAAUAAUAGUGAAAGACUUCAUGGACGGCAAACAAAUCAAAGGGCUGAAAUACACGCAGCUUGCAAGGCAAUAGAACAAGCAAAGAGACAGAAUAUCAGAAAACUGGCAAUCUAUACUGACAGCAAAUUCACCAUUAACGGUGUGACAAGCUGGAUCCCAAACUGGAAGAUUAACGGUUGGAAAACCAGUGCAGGAAAAGAAGUAACAAACAGAGAAGAUUUUGAAAGGCUUGCUAAGCUUUCAGAAGGCAUGGACAUCCAGUGGAUGCAUGUUCCCGGUCAUGCUGGCUUUCCUGGAAAUGAAGCAGCUGAUCGAUUAGCAAAAGAAGGAGCUGGAAAAUCAUUAUUUUAGCAUUUUAUAACCCAAAUACUCCACUUAGUGAUAAGAAUAAAGAUUAAGCUUGUUUCAAGUUAAUUUUUGUUGAGUUUAGAAUGCUUUAGAAUAAAUGAGACCGAUAUUUGGCUUAAAUGGUGAAGAAUGUAAAUGCUUUUUAUGUACCCUAUAUGUUGUCAGAGCAUCUCCUCCAUUUCUCAAACUGUGUCCAAGAGUUGAAUGUUUGUAUCUUAUUAGUUAUGUAAAACAGCAUAUUGGGAAUAUAUAUAUGUAAAAUAACUACUUGCUUGGACAACAAUAUGUUCUUAAGGGUUUGUUUAUCUUGAUUUUGUUGUCUAUACAAAUAUACAAUACGAUAUUUUACAAUUCUCUGCAAUACAAUGCAGAAAGGAAAGUACAGCACAGUACAAAAUCAAAAUUACUAAAUCAUACCUUACCUAAUAUGGUGCAAACUCUUGUAUGUAAGACCAAUGUUCACAGUAUAUUCAGGUGUUUAUAUUUUUGGAGCAAAUUGCUUUGUUACUUAUAUAAAUAAAAAGAUCAUUGGUGCUGGCAUACCUAAUAGAUAAUGCUGGCACAAUAAA